UAACAAUCACGCAAUAGUCGUCUGGAAGUCCUGUAUCGGCACCGAUAUCCGGAGUGUCUUAAAAGAAGAAUAAGCUGGGGACAAGUACAUCACCACCUAAACAACGAAGUCAGGCAUAAUCCAAUCAGAUCACUUCCAUUUUCUACAGUCAACGUCAUGGCUUCCCAAGAUCAAACGGCCCAGCAGGGCAAGAAGAAAAGCCUUAUCGUCAAUGCCUUUGUCAUGAUGUGCAGUGGUCAUCAAUCCCCAGGAUUAUGGAGACACCCUGAGGAUGAGUCUUGGAGAUUCAAGGACACUGAGCACUGGGUUGAACUAGCCAAGUUGCUAGAAGACGCCAAAUUCCAUGGCAUCUUUAUCGCUGAUGUGCUGGGAGGCUACGAUGUUUACAAGAAGUCCUUGGAACCUGCUAUCAUCUCUGGAGCUCAAUGGCCUCUCACAGAGCCAUUGGCCGUUAUUCCUGCCAUGGCUGCUGCGACGAAAAAUAUUGGAUUUGGUGCCACUGUUUCUGUUACUUAUGAGCAGCCAUAUCAUCUGGCUCGACGGUUAUCUACAGUCGAUCACCUCACCAAGGGCCGUUUGGGCUGGAACAUUGUUACUGGUUACCUAGACUCAGCCGCUCGCAACCUUGGCCAUCCAGUUCAACUCGCUCACGAUGAACGCUACGCCCAGGCCGAAGAAUACAUGGAAGUCAUGUACAAGCUCUUUAACUCAUCCUGGCGUGACGACGCUGUCAAGCUAGACCGUGAGCGAGGUAUCUACACGGAUCCCGCCCUUGUUCGUCAAAUCGACCAUAACGGCAAAUACUUCAACGUUCCCGGUCCUCACGUCGUGGACCCCAGCCCGCAGCGAACACCUCUGCUUCUUCAAGCAGGAGCCAGCAAGCCAGGUAAAGCAUUUGCAGCUCAGCAUGCUGAGGCCAUCUUUACUUCUGCGCAUGCACCUGCAGUGUGUAAGAAGAACAUUGCAGAUAUCCGACAAGUUGCGAAGGAACAGUUUGGCCGAGAUCCAAACAACAUCAAGGUCCUCGCUCUUGUCACCCCCAUUCUUGGCAAGACUGAGGAGGAAGCUCUGGCUAAGUAUAACGAAGCGAAGAAGUAUGCUUCGACUGAAGGCGCUCUGUCGUUGUUCGGCGGAUGGACUGGUAUGGACUUGAACCAGUACGGUGAUGAUGAGGAGCUUCGACAGGUUGAGAGUAACGCUGUCAGAUCAACUGUAGAAGGCUAUGCCAAGUUCUCACCCGCAAACUCAAAGUGGACGAAGCAUACUGUCGCCGAGCAUGUCAGCCUCGGAGGCAAUGGACCUCUAUUCGUUGGUACACCCUCCCAGGUAGCCGACAGCCUGCAAGUCUGGAUUGAUGAGGCAGACGUCGAUGGGUUCAACUUUGGAUAUGUUCUUUUCCCGGGUACCUUCAAAGAUAUCAUCGAACUGCUGCUCCCUGAACUUCGAUCAAGGGGUCUCUUCUGGGACGAUUACGCAGUACCUGGUGGCAGCUACCGAGAGAACUUCUAUGGACUUCCUGGACAGAAGUAUCCUCUUGAUGAGCAUGCUGCUUCAAAGUAUAGGUGGGCUGCUGGCGUGCCUGCAAGUGAGCACAAGAUUCCACAGUAGAUAUGCCUAAAAGUAGUCUCAAAAGGAUCAACAGAAUUAAAAAUGCCAGUAGCAAGAUUGUCCAACGUUCAGGCAAAGCCAAGUCAUGAAAUUGCUGGAGAUAGCCCUGCAACUCGACUUACUUAAGUCCAUAGGCUGCAGGAUAUGAUAGCAUGGUCCCCUUACUUUUAUGUUAUGCUAAUGAAUAGACUACAUAAUGUCUCGUUGCAUUCGAGCUACAUGAGAAUUACAUUAGAGGUAGACUCAUAAAGUCUUGUCCA